GGGUGCGCACCAGUGUUGUCUAGCAUUCGGACCUAGUUGUGGACUUGAUAGGGGUUGGUAUCGGCCCCCCCCCCAGAUUUGGAGGUGUGCACCUCACCGUGCGGUUGCACCUCGGAGUUCUGUCUGGUUCGGUGCGGCGCGCAGUACGGGAGCGGGAGGGAGGGACCACGGUUGGAGAGCCCGGAGCUCGGCCGAGCGGCGCUGAGUUACAAACUCUAUUGUGACGCACUUACUACGACUGACGGCCGCUGCCAAACCUUCCCCAGACUUGCUGUCCUCAGCAUUUUCGGCAAACAAUGGGGCCGGAGCAGGGAACACGGCCAGCCGCCUGCAGUCGCUGCAUCUGCGCCUUCUUCUAUGCUCCAGCCUCCUAUCUAACUAACCCCGGGAAAUCAGAGCCUCUGGGAAUUUCUGACUUAACUCUGUUCUGGGCAAAGAGCACACAUGAAUAGACUUGAGAUAAACUACUCCUUUGGAAAUGCCCGCGCGUGUGUGUGCACCAGUUUCACAAGCUGUUGACAUUGUUACUGUCUUUUGUUUGGGGUUACGAAGUUUAGUCCCACCCUCUACCAAACAAAAAUUAUGUCUUUAUUAUUUUAGAAAAAAAGACCAAAUGGCAAAGCAACCUUCCGAUGUAAGUUCUGAGUGUGACCGAGAAGGUAGACAAUUGCAGCCUGCGGAGAGACCUCCCCAGCUCAGACCUGGGGCCCCUACCUCCCUACAGACAGAGCCACAAGGUAAUCCUGAAGGCAAUCACGGAGGUGAAGGGGACAGCUGCCUCCACGGCAGCCCUCAGGGCCCGCUGGCCCCACCGGCCAGCCCCGGCCCUUUUGCUACCAGAUCCCCGCUUUUCAUCUUUGUGAGAAGAUCCUCCGUGCUGUCUCGAUCCUCCAGUGGGUAUUUCUCUUUUGACACAGACAGGAGCCCAGCACCCAUGAGUUGUGACAAAUCAACACAAACCCCAAGUCCUCCUUGCCAGGCCUUCAACCACUAUCUCAGUGCAAUGGCUUCCAUGAGGCAAUCUCAGGCUGAACCUGCAGGUAUGCGCCCGGAGAUAUGGAUCGCCCAAGAGUUGCGGCGUAUCGGAGACGAGUUUAACGCUUAUUAUCCAAGGAGGGUAAACUGGAUACUGCCCUUUUGCCAUCGGAAGGAAGUGUGUCUUGAAGCAUUCCCGGUUUUACCAUCGAAAGCCAGCCAGAGUGCUUACUGGACCACAAUCAGAGAUCGUUCAAUCAAUACUUGCUGUGCCAAAGCCCAAAGAAUUAUUUCUGGUAAUAUUCUCCAAUCUGUGGCCAGAUGGUGCCAAAUGAUGUUGACCCCACAGCUGUACUUGGUUCUCAAGGACGGUGGCCCCGUGGUCAAAUCUGCUUUAAAACUGCCAUGGUUCCACUCUCCAGUGGCAUGAAAGCAGGAGCUGAGGGUCCUCUCAGAACUGGAAGAGUGGGCAGUGAUGGCAGAUCCUUCUCUUGGGACCCAUGUAAUAUGCUUGAGUGCCUUGUAUAGCUGCCAUACCUGUGCCUACAGGAUAAGAGGCAUGUGAAUUCUUAUUUAUAUAAGGUAAAAAAAAAAAAAAAAGAAAGAAAGAAAAAAGCUGAGAUAUUGAAGGAGCCAAGAUCCCCAGGGCAAUAAGCCAGCUAGCACAUCUACCCUACUGUGAUCUGAAAACCCAGCCUCUGAGGUAGGCAAGGCCUAAUGUAUGCCAGUCUGAUUUGGUUGAGUUCUUUUUGGUUAAAAAGAUUGUGAUGACAAAAAUUAGAAGAAAAAAAUACAUAAACUCUCUAUCCUCCCAGGCUUUACCCAAAACCGGUGGCCUCCUUAUAUACUAACACUUCCACUUCCUGCUUUUUAAACUCACUGCUUUGCCACCCUGCUACACAGGCCUCAGUAAACACAAGUUGUUCGACCAUCCAUUAAGACUGCAUUCAUUUCUUCACUGUUAUUUUUCAAUGAACAUUUUCUGCAUGUGAUUUUUUUUUCUGGACUGUUUGUUUAACAUAAAGUUACAGAACUAGAAUUACUGAGUAGGAACUUUUAAAUGACUCUAUUACUAAAUUGCUUUCCAAAAAAGUUAUACUGAUAUAUGUUGCCAUCAAUAGUAGAUACCUGCCAGAUCCCAUAAAACUUCACCAGGGUUUUUUGUAUUUUGUAAGUACAAAACACAGCUUACUGUUAAAAACCAGUAAGCUGUUGUUUUGUUUCUUGGGGGGUUUUUUGGUGGCUUAAAAUACAAAAUGAUAACAUGGUGGUGUUGUUAUAUGGGCUUCUUUGAUUUCUAGCAAUUUCCAUUCCUUUAUUGAUUCAUGCGUUCAAUGAGGAUGUGUUUAUCGAAUGCUUAUUCUGUGCCAGACACCAUUCUAGGCACUAGGACACAGUAAGCAAAACAUCAAAAUCCUAACCCAUGAAGAAGUUACCUAAUAUGUAUAUUUUUUCUGUACUCUAGCAGCCACAUGGCUUGAUAAGAGUAGGGGCAGGGCACUCAGGCAAUUUCCAUGCACACAUUUAAUUCAUACAGCUUAGUGCUGCAGAGACUUCACAAAUCCCCUUUUUCAGGUGAUGAAGUGCGGGCUUGCCUUGCCUGACGUCCCUCACUGGACCCAGAACCCUCGGACCCCAGUCCCUGACCAUUCGGCACUCUCGAUCCUCCCUGCAUAGAGGAAAGUCAGGCAGAGCACGAGGAAGACUGGGCUGUGAGGGGCACCAUACAACCCUGUCAAUCUCCAGAAGGCCACAACUAUGCCUUCGCAGAAACAAACUUUCCUCCAGAUAAAAGCUAAAUAGUGAAAGCUAUCUGUUUCCAGGGCCACUAAGGGCUAGCUUGCUAGGGUAGCCAAUUCUGUCCUGCCUGGAUGCAAGGUGGAGGAUUCUUGAUCUCCUGGCCUAAGUGGACCACCUAUUCCAGUGUCUAAUUCUGAACCUGCCAAUUCUAUAGCUGUGCUUUCUCUUGAGAAAUAGAGUCUCAAAAACAACAAGAAUAUUUUCCAUAACUAUGGUUAAGCAUUACAGCCCAUAGGAUGUGUCCUGCCAAAUGCCCUCACAUCUGUGCUUGGAGUGGGUGUGGGAGCAAGAGGCUCCCCCUGUGGUGUUGCUUGCCUGAGAGGCUAUGAGUUCAAAUCACAGUAGGGCAGAUGUGCUAGCUGGUUUAUUGCCCUGGGGAUCUAGCUCCUUCAAUAUCUCUUGUGGUCUUUUUUUUAAAUGUUAGCCUUAUACAAGAAUUCACACAGCUCUUUUUCAAAACCUAGAAAAUAAAUACAAACAAAAAAAGGAGGCCAGGUGUAGUGGCUCACACCUGUAAUCCCAGCACUUUGGUAGGCCUAGGCCAGCAGAUCACCAGGUCAAGAGAUCGAGACCAUCCUGCCCAACAUGGUGAAACCCCAUCUCUACUAAAAAUACCAAAAUUAGCUGGGCAUGGUGGCACGCUCUUGCAGUCCCAGCUACUUGGGAGGCUGAUGCAGGAGAAUUGCUUGAACCCUGGAGGCGGAGGUUUCAGUGAGCGGAGAUUGCACCACUGCAUUCCAGCCUGGCAAUAGAGCGAGACUCUGUCUCACAAAACAAAAAGUGUAAAUAAAACACUCAGAGAUGGCUACUGUGGACAUUUGCUGUACCUCUUUAAAGGUAUUGUGUAUGCAUGUAUGUAUGUAGGACAAGAAAUAGUGCUGUGGUCUGAAAGUGUACCUCCAAGAUUCACACCUUGAAACGUAAUGCCAAUAGGUGAAGAAGCCAGGAGAGCAGAGCCCUUACGAUUCAUCACUUUCCAAAAGAUGUGUGAGGGAGCUAGAUGUUCAUGCUUUCCACCAUGUGAGGAUGCAGCAAGAGGCACCAUCUAUGAAGCAGAGAUAGCCUUCAUAGAACUGAAUAUGCCGGCACUCUCAUCUUGGACUUCUCAAGCUCCAGAACUAUGAGCAAUACAUUUCUAUGGUUUAUACAUGCCCCAGUCUGAGGUAUUUUGUCAUAGCAGCUCAAAUGGGCUAAGACAGAUGGCUAGCUAGCUAGAUAUGCAAAAUGGGACAAUUGCAUUGCAUACUUUUUGUAAUAUACUUCUUUUCUGCUCAGAAUUCUACAGUGAUCAUCUUUCCAUGUUCUUGAAUAUUUUUCUACAAUGUUUUCAUGGGUGCAUGGUAUCUGUGGAAUGGAAAACUAGCAUAUUCAUCCAGGUCACUUCACCAACACUUAUUAAGGAAAGUAUAUCUGACAGCUUUAUCCAAAAAGAAAGAUUGAUUUCGAUCAAGAGCCCUUUAAUUUUGUUCCCAAUUUUCAUGGGACCAAAAAAAAUGCUGAUGAUGGUUACUGACGAGUAAAUUUGUUUUUUGAAGGGUCUAAUUUUCAUACACAGUGGAUUUGCCAUGGAAACACUGCAGAUGUGCACAAGAGCCUUCUUGGAUCUAGAAAAGGGAGGAACUUUGAAAAUGCCUCACACUGCUUAGGUACUAGUGAGUUUACUAGUGGGGGGAUAUCAUGUUGUCACCACAGACAAAAGAUGCUUCUUCCUUACUAAUCUUUUUGAGUAAACCAGUGCCUUGGACUGAUGCCCUUUUUCCUUGAGGAAACAGUGUCUCUUGAUAAGAAAAAAAAAAAAAUCUUUUCUUUUCUGUCUUUCUGCAAAGAACAUGACACUCCAACAUUGCUACAAAGUAUUUGUGUUUUGUUUCAAUCUUUCUCCAAAUGCAAGUAUAGAUGGAACAUAAAUUUGGAAUGAAAAGUAAACUUUGGACUUCUUUUGAAAAUAUCUUUAAAAAACAAGAGUUUUUCAACAAUGAAAGUAUUGAUAAAAUCACACUCUCAAUCACCUCACUCAUGUUUCCUGUUUUGGUUAACACAUUUGAAUUGACUUCGGCCUUCCUACUGCCGCUCUUCCACCUGCAACUCUGGACUGAGUGCCAUGCAUUGUCUGGGAACUCAGAGCCUGGAACUUCCGGCAGAGUCUGGAGUUGUUACCUGUUGAUGGGUACGAACCAUCUCCAACAGUUCUUAUGAGGAGCUGCCUAGCAGAGAAUUCAGUAUAGACCUGAGCCAGUUGUCAUACAGACAACUGCGCUACUUAUUCCUCUGGGCCACUGGUUAUUACCCCUGGUUGUUCAUUAAUCAUCAGGGGAAUUUUUGAAAAGUAUGGGAGCCUGUCCACUUCCAGGGAUUUGGCUCUAAUGGGUCCUCAGUGAGCCAGGACAUUGGUUUGGAUUUCACUGGUUUAGUUUCCCUCUUCAAGACUUUUGCUCUGGAACAUGCUGCAUUUUCCCAGGCCCAGGGCAAAGAAGAAUGUCCUCCAUGGAUGGUUGAUCAGAAUUUAAGGGAUUGCUUGUUAUGCUGCUUUACUUCCUGACUGUUCACCUAGUCUUUUUUUUUUUUUUAAUGUAACACGUGAAAAGUUUAUCUCUCUCAAAAAAUAGAUACAAUAGUGUUAAUGAUAAUAGCAGUUGUGGCUCAUGGAGGUGGUUCCAUUGGCAAGCCCUGGUUCCCUUCAGUCAAGGCUCACAAGCUGGUAAAGCUGGACUUCCAUUUUCCAGUAGAUACAGGAGCUUUGUGAGCUAGAAUCACAAUGGCAGAAACUACUUUCAUCAAGCUUAAAGACACACUCAGUUUUUCUCCUGCCUCUGCAUGGUCUUUAAUAGCUUUUUUAUCUUGAUAGAAACAAUAUAUUUCUGUAAUACAUUCAUUCAAAGCUACUGCGUAUCCUCUUUGGAAGUGAACAGAGACUACAUUGCAAAUAAAUAUAUUUGUCCCAAAUUGACAUAAAUAACAUAACAAUGUUUAUGUAUCAUUGGAUUUCUCAAGGCAAAAAGGGGAAAUCUAUUUGAUGUGAUUGAGUUUCUAAAAAUGGUCACCGUCCAUUCAUUCUCUCCUCUAUGCACUUGCCACUAGCCACUGAGAGGUGGAAUCUACCCCAUGCCCACUCUGCCUCUGGCCCUGAGCCUGGACUGGCUCUGGAACUGCCCUGCUGGCGAAAAUCCUAUAGAAUUACAUUCUGGGACUUUUAAGCCAAGGCCUUUAAGUGAACUGGCAGCUUCUGCUUUCUUCCUUCCCUUGGGCCCCAGCCUCCAUAAGAAGCCUGGGCCACAUACAGAGGCAUGUGAAAGAGAACCUGGGCACCAUGGUGACAGCCCCAGCAUGAGUUGGGGUCCCAGCCAGCAGGUAGCACCUACCAUCAGCCACAUCAAGGGGGACUUCUUGGAGGCUCCAGCCCAGUUGAGCCCCAAAUGACUGUAGCCCCCGCCAAUGUCACAUAAAAAAGGAAACCUGCCAAGGAGUCAACCCACAGAAAUAAUAAAAUGACUGUUGUUUUUAACCACUACAUUUGGGGAUGGUGGCAAUAGAUUAAAAGCAACAAUGACAAUAAAACACUUGGUGCUGUGGCUCACUCCAGGUUAUAGCAAUUGUAUGAAUCAGGGUUCUCCAGAGAAAGAGAACUAAUAGAAUGGAGAGAGAGUGAGAGAGCACCUAAAAGCUGCAGGGCAGGCUGACAGGCUGGAACUUCUGGCAGGAGUUAAUGUUGCAGUCUUGGAUCCUAAAUCUAGAAAUCUUGGGCAGGAUUUCUGUGUCGUAGGCUGGAGGAGAAUUCUCACUUCCUUGGAGGACCUCAGUCUUUUCUCUGCAGACCUUUGACUGAUGGAAUGAGGCCCACCCAUGUUAGAGGGGUAAUCUGCUCUCCUUUACUCGAAGUCUGUUGAUCUCAAUAUUAAUGACAUCUAAAAAAUGCCUUCACAGAAGCAUGGAGACUGGCGUUUGACCAAACAGGGUACCAUGGCCUAGCCAAGCUGACACAUAAAGUUAGCCACCGCAGCAAUGAACCCUGGGAGUUGCCCUGGCUUUCAGGCCUGCAUAUGGGGCCGUCACUCCUCGGCUACUGCUGGAGACAAUAAAUGAACUGGACAUGCCCAGGGCCAGCCACGAGCCAGGUGCCAUGGGACAGCUUAGCUUCAAUCCCUCCAGUAGAGGAAAGAUAACCACAGUCAGCACCAUAUCCACUUCCCUCUGGAUGAGUUCAGCCCUGAAAAGAGCAGGGGGGUUCCUGGCUUCUACACCAGAGAUGUAAGGAAACCCGGAUUCUGAACUCCUCCCUCAAAGUGAGGAAAGUGAGGGCCAGGUGAGACUCAAGUCGGCCACUCAUAACCAAAUGGUGCUUUGUAACAAAUGGCCAUCUCCACCAUUCCCAGGUUGCUAGUGAUACCGAGCUGCUUCUAGAAAGGGAUGCCCAAUUUAGUUUUAUGUGGAAUUUAGUUUCAAGGACAACUAAAUAAAAAAGAACAACUCUGUACAGGGUUUGUAAAAAUAGACAGCUGAUGGACUGCCCUCUCCUCUGGCCUGGUCCUCUUCCAGCACCUUGACUCCCUCUCAUCAGACUGGUCUUUUCAAAGCACGAAUCUGAUCAUACAAUUUCCUUGUUGAAAAUCCUUUCUUGGCUCCUUGUCACUCAUGGCAGUUUCUCAAAAUAUGAUGUGUGACACAUCAGGUAGCUUUAGGUGGCAUACAAGUGGAUGCUGUUUAUUUUAAUAGUGACAUUUUGGUUUUUGUGGUCAUCUUCUAUUUAGGACAAGUUAACAUGGUUUUUCAUUUUUGGUAGUGGAAUUAAAUGGAUUUACUUCUCUGCUGGUCUGAAGAACAGUGUUAGGUUAACAGCGAUUUGGAUGGUGGGAAAUGGCAGAGUCACAGAGAUGGACUCAGACAUGGGGAGUAGCAUGGCCUGGGGGCCCUGCCAGGUCUGCCUGCUGCCUCCUCUCCUUUUGUCUCUCCACUGGAGGCCUCACCUUGAUCUCCCAUGUAGCAAAGAGCCAGCAAUUCCCAGGACCACACCUCAUGACAUUGCUAAUCCCACUGUCUGGGAUGCUCUGUCCCCAGGCCGCACCGCAUGGAAAAUUCCUAUUUAUCUUUCACAUCCCAGCUCAGGAGUCACCGCUUUCACAAGGCUUUCUCCAAAUUGUUUCCUUCCAUGGUCCCUGCAGCACAGACCUUCCCCUGUGUGUCUCCCACCAGGAAUAGGGACUGUGCUGGGAAUGUCCUCAGAAGCUUGGAUGCUUCUGCAGGCUUCAGGAUGGGAGGAAAAGACCCUGUCACACUGCUAGAUGGGCACUGUCAGCUGAUGUCUGAGGGCAGGGUAUAAAAGAAAAGGCAGCUACCUGCUUUUUGCCAUAAGUGCCAGGGCAGCUGGGUGCUGUCUGAAGGGGUCCUUUCCCAGGCCCAAUUUCCCAAACACAGGGAGAACACCUCCCAUUUUCCCCACUUCCCCCCGCUGCCCCCUAACUUCUAUUUUCCAGAGAGUGAAGACAAGAAGAGGUCUGUGUGUGAUAUGUCAGGGCCCCUCUCCCAGCCCCGUGUUUCCCUCACAGCAGGGAAAUCCUUCCUGUACAGCCCUCUCCAGAAGGGAACAUGUCCCCCUGACUUCACCCAGAGCCAGAUCAGUAUCAUUGUUUGCACAGAGAGAAACCCUCCUACUGUGAUUGCCAGUGAUAGCAGUAUGGGUUGUGGAAAGCUGGGCAGGGGGGCAGGGGUGUGGUCUGGACUGGGACUCUGUCUGCUCCAUGGCUUCUGUCCUGGUGGAGCGAGGGUGCCACAAGCUGUAGAGCACAGGGCUAUAGUCGCCUUACAUGAAAGUGGGAGGCAGACAGGGUUCUGGGAGUUUCCAGUUUCUGCGCCUUGACACCUGACAGACAGCUGGUCUCAAAGCUCAGUUCUACCACUUAGGACUACAGUAGCUGGGCUCUGGCCCUUGGCUGCCUGUCUGUGAAGUGGGUGUCUGGAUGGACACUGGUAACCUCUCCACAUGUGUGGCUUUGCUUUCUUUUUGACUCUGCCCUUCCUUUGCUGCAGGGAGUAGGACUGUCAGCCAAGGGUGAGCCCAUCACCUGACUGGCCAGAGAAUCUAUGCCCCCAGCCACAGUGAUUAGUCCUGAAGUGGCCCAAUUACAGUCCUCUUUGGGCAACUGGUGUGAGCCCUGAGAGAGAGAUCUCUUACUCUGAACUCGAGAGUGUAAGGAUGAGGCAAGAAAUAAAUCUAGAGAAUAAAGUGAGCACAGGAGAAAGUACAGCUGAGGAGAGUGGGGAGGACAGAGGAAGGAAGGAGGGAUCUGAACCCAGGAACAUAGCCCCCUAGACUGAGCAGCCCCUCCACUUGGAGUGAGAAAUCUUACUUACUUUGGGGCUUAUGGAAUCAGUGGAUGGGAAAGAGAGAAUUUAAUUAGAUGCUUGGGCCAGAGUAGCCCAAGAAAGAAUGGUCCCCAAUGCCACCAUCUCCCAGUCUGCCUGGAAAGACAGGCAGGGGCAAGUGGUUCUGGGUCACUGUUCAGAGUCUCAAAGAAAGCCUGCCUCUCCACUGAGGGGUCACCCUGGUGCCAUUGAAUUAUGGCUGGGCAUGGAGAGUCCCCAGGGCUGUGGUUAGGGUGCUAUCGAUGCCUUCUGACACCUGUAGAGGCUGAUGGAGGAAGCCAGGCAUGCUGUGAAAGAGGGCAUGGAUAUUCUAGUACUUUCUACAGAGAAGCUGUUUUCACUUGUAGGCUGCCAAGCUGGGACUGAGCUGCUCUGUCAAGUGGAGAGAGGCCCUCCUCCAAGCUGCUGGAGGAAAGACCAUUCAGACCUUGGUUCUAAGCUGGUUCUGGACCUGUGGGAGUUCUCUAACUUCCUGUAGCCUCAGCCCCUCCAGAAGUGCUCCUUUCUGGCACAUGGGAGAAAAAUGGAAAAAGCAUAGCUCCCUGCUCUCCUUUUUAUUUUGCUCUACAGUUUAAAAAUUAAGAUAUAAAUCACAUAGAAUAAAAUCUGUAUGUAAAAAGCAAGUUUUAUUUAUGUAUGGCCCCAGGCAACCAUCACCCACAUCAGGAUCCAGAGCAUUUCUGCUACCCAGAGGAGAGAGUCCUCUCCUGUCCCAUCCAGUAAACCCCCCUCCUCAGGAGUAACCACUACUCUGAUGUCUAUCAUCACAGGUUAAUUUUACCUGUUCUUAAACAUCAUAGAAAUGGAAUCAUACAGUACACAUUCUUUUUGAGCAGUUUCUUUCAUCCAGAAUGUUUUUGAAAUUCAUCCAAGUUUGUGUGUCAGCAGUUUGUUCCUUUUCAUUGCUGAGUAGUCUUCCGUUGUGUGUCUGCACAGUGACAGUCACAUGUCUCAUUGUGAUGUGUAUACACUCUGGGAAGUGCAUCGUUAGGUACUUUUGCAUUGUGUGAACAUCGUAGAAUGUACUCGCACAAUUCACGAUAGGUGGUGCAGCCUACUACACACCCAGGCUGUAUGGCCUCUUGCUUUUAGGCUACAAACAUUUGCAGCAUGUUAUUAUACUGAAUACUGUAGGCAAUUGUAACCCAAUGGUAAGAAUGCCUAAAAGUAAAAAAAGGUAUGGUAAAAAUACGGUAUAAAAGAUAAGAAUGGUAUGCCUGUAUAGGGCACUUCCAUGAAUGGAGCUUGCAGGACUGGAAGUUGCUCUGGGUGAGUCAGUGAGUGAGUGGUGAGUGAAUGUGAAGGCGCAGGAUGUUAUUGUAGCCUUCAUAAACAGUGUGCACUGGGGUGAUAGGAAUUUUUCAUUCCAUUAUAAUUUCAUGGGACCAUGAUUAUGUAGUGCAUGACUGUAUGACAUUUGGAUGGUGUCUAGAUAAACAUUUAAUAGGAAUUUGGGUUGUGUCUUGUUUUAGCUUUUACAAAUAAAGCUUAUGAGCAUUUUGAUGGAUAUUUGCACAUACUCCUCCUUGAUAAAAACCUGGAGUAGAAUUCCUGAGUGAUCCAAGAGGUGAAUGUUUAAUUUUGCUAGAAAAUCCCAAACAUUUGUCCAAUGUUACUGGAUCAUUUUGCAUUUCUACCAGCAGUGAGAGCUCCACUUGCUCUGUUUACUUUUCAACAUUUGGUAUAGUCAAUCUCUUUAGACACUUAAGUGGGUGUGCUAUGGUAUCUUUUUGUGGUUUUAAUGUGCAUUUCCUUGACAAAUAAUGGUUUGAGAACAUUUUCAUGUGUUUAUUGGCCAUUUAAAUAUCCUCUUUUUUGAAGCACUUGGUCAGUCAAGUCUUUUGCUUAUUAAAAUAUUUUUUCUUGCCAGAAUAAAUUGGGAUGUUUGUAACUUUUCUACAGGCAGCAAUAUGGAAAUUACUAGGAGUUAUACUUUUAUUACUUUUGAUUAUUUGCAUUAAGACCAUAAGUUUUCAAGUGAGUGGUACAAAAGAUAAGAAACAAAAUUGUGUUAAAAAAAAUCCUUGAGGCAAUCAAGUAUCAAAAAUGACACUAAUUUAUUCUAUUAUGAUGAGAAGAAAUAAGAUAUAGUUUAAGCCUGAUCUGAGAUAAGAAUUUUAAUUCUUUAACCAGGCAAAAGAUCAAAAGUUAAUCCAAAUAAUUUUCAGAUACAGAAUACCAUUUGUGCUGGUUUUUUUUUUUUUUUUUUUUUGAGACAGAGUCUUGCUCUGUCACCCAGGAUGGAGUGCAGUGGUGUGACCUCGGCUCACUGCAGCCUCUGCCUCCAGGGUUCAAGCAAUUCUCCUGCCUCGGCCUCCUGAGUAGCUGGGGUUACAAGUGCCUACCACCACGUCUGGCUAAUUUUUGUAGUUUUAGAAGAGACAAGGUUACUUCAUGUUGGUCAGGCUGGCCUCAAACUCCUGACCUUAAGUGAUCUGCCCGUCUCCGCCUCCUAAAGUGCUGGGAUUACAGGCAUUAGCCACCAUGCCCCGCCCCAUUUGUGCAUUUUUAAGGUCCAUUAUAGUAGCUACAUUUGCAGAAAAUGAAGAAAAUUCUGAGAUAUAAUAUCAAAUGGAAUUUGGCAAGCAGCUCGUAAUACCACUUUUAUUUCGCAUGCGUUAGACACCUACAGUGCACGUGAGGAUCACUGUUAGGUGUCCGCUAAAGACAGCACCAUCAGCAAGCAUGCAUUGAAUCCCAAAGUACCUUCUCCAUGGGGCUUCUUGAGUCUUCUUUGCAGCUGUUUUUCUUUUUCCUUAUUUGUUGGUGUGCUGCUAGAAACCAGGUUAAAUUGAAUUUUGUCUUCACUAUACUUUAAUAUUCUUUUUCUGAGCUGGCAUCACUAGACUAUCCAGUUGUCUUGACUGCAGGACUCUACAUGAAUUGGUCCUUCCCUUAAUCUGCCUAAUUCACACAGUCUUUCAGCCACAGGAGCACAUCUCGCAGGAUGAGAAGUGUCUUUCCUGGUAGCUGCAAUCUGCUUGAACUUAAGACAUUUGCUGCCUGGUAAAGAUAUUGUGAGCUUGCUGAAUCACUGCUGUGUUGCUCAUAGCUGCAUCCGAACUUUAAAAAUUGCUUAGUCUCGGAUCAUGUCUCUCCUUGGUGGAGGCAGGUCAAUAGCACACUUGGUAUGAUGGUUCAUUUUAAGAGUCAUAUAUGGGCAAACAUUAUUCCAGAUGUUUCUGUAGGUGUUUUGGAUGAGAUUUUUACAUUUAAAUGGAUGGGCUUUGAGUAAAGCAGAUCACCCUCCAUAAUGAGGAUUGGCCUCAUCCAAUCAGUCGAAAGACUAAAUAAAUAAAAAACUAAGCAAGAAGAGAUUCUGCAGCCUAUGGCCUUCAGACUUGAAUUGCAACAUUGACUCUUCCUGGGUCUCCAGGCUGCCUUCAUAAUCAUGUGAGCCAAUUCUUUAAAAUAACUUUCUUCAUAUACCUAUAUAUACAGUCACAAAUUGCAUAACAGCAUUUUGGUCAAUAAUGGAUCACAUAUAUGAUGGUGGUCUCAUGAGAUUAUAAUUGAGUUAAAGAAUUCCUAUCACCUAGUGAUUUCGUAGCCAUCAUGACAUCCCAGCACAACAUAUUACUCAACAAGGCCGUGGUUGAGAUGGCAAACAAUGGUUCCUGAGAAACUUGACUAAUGAGGAGCUGUUUGAACUGGAACCAGAACCCAUAGCUGAAGAAGAAGUAAGAGAAAAGAAAAUGCAGAAAAGAAGAACCCCCAAGAAUAUUCACAGUGAAGCAUUUGGCAGAAGCUUUUGCUGACCUGAACUUUUUCUUUUUAAAAAGUUUGAAAAAGUGACCCCCGACACUGAAAGGUUUUUAUGAACAGAGAGGAAUGUUCAUGAUGCAUUAUCUGCUUACAAACAAGUCUAUGGUGAGAAAAGAACCAAGCAAGCUGCUAUGGACAUACUUCUAAAAAGAGAGACACCGCCUCAAGAAGAGCCUCAGUCAGGUCUUUCAGGCAGUGUUCCAGAAAAAGGCAUUUUUAUCAUAGGAGAUGACAGCUCUGUGCACGUUUUUGUCCUGAAGACCCUCCAGUGGGAUGAGAUGUGGAGGUGGAAGAUACUGAUAUUAAUGACCCUGACCCUGUGUAGGCGUAUGCUAAUGCGUGUUUGUGUCUUAGUUUUCAACAAAAAAGUUUAAAAAUUAAAAAGAAAAACAUUUUUAAAUAGAAAAAUAAAGCUUGUAGAAUAGGGAUAUAGAGAAAGAAAAUAUUUUUGUGUUUUUGUUUUAAGCUAAGUGUUAUUACAAAAGAUUCAAAAUGUUAAAAAGAAGUUUAAAGUAUAUGAAGCAAAAAAGUUACAGUAAGUUAAGGCUACUUUAUUAUUUAAAAAAUAUUUUUAGAAAUUUAGUGUAGCCUAAGUUCACAGUGUAAUGCCCUAGGCCUUCACAUUCACUCACUGAAGUGCACUAUACAAUUGUGCAAUUUUUGCUUUUUUAUACUGUCUUGUUACUGUACCUUUUCUAUGUUUAGAUAUGUUUACAUAGACAUAUAAACCUACCAUUGUGUUAUAAUUGCCAGUUCAGUUCAGUAGCAUGCUGUACAGGUUUGUAGCGUAGGAGCAACAGGCUAUACUACAUAGUCCAGGUGUGUGGUGGUCUAUGCCAUUUGGGUGUGUACAAAUACAGCCUAUGAUGUUUGCACAACAAUGAAACUGCCUAAGGACACAUUUCUCAGAAUGUAUCCGUGGUGUUAAGCAACACAUGACUGUAUAUAGACACAUCUUUUGAUUCUGUCUCUCUGGAGAACCGUGACUAGUAUACUUGACAAAAAUGUCAGGGUAAGCCUGGAGUCUUGCUGGUUGUUCUGUCUGUCAUGUUAAAAGAAAAACAAAACUAUUAACUGGCUUUCAUUUUUAAAAAUUCCCAGGCCCCAAAUUCUAUAUCCCCCUGGAAUUAGCAUGGCUUCAGGAACAUCUUCCCUCUGCCUGUCAGGGACACUCUCCUCAGGCAGAGCGGCCCUUUCCAAAGCUGGAACAACUUCCGUCUCUACUUGCAUGGCUUCCAAAAGUCUGCAUCCUUUUGGGAAUGCAUUUUGAAAGAGAAGAAUCAAUUGAUUUGGGGGCAUGCAAUCAAGAC